AUGGGUGCUGAAGAGCCAGACCAGACUGCUGCCGUAGCAGCAGCAGCAGCACCCCCCACCACUGAGCUUCCAGUCCGGCCGGCCAAGUCGUCUUCCCCUCCUCAGGACGGACGUCCUCUGACGGGAAAGCAAGAGCACUACCUGAAGCGCGAACUCAUAUCCGAGCAGGUUCAGUGGGAAAUCAGUGAGCUCAACUCACCCACCGCACUGCGCCGGUUUGGCGCCCCCUUCAAGUCGGACCAUGGCGAGGUACCGCCUCAGGCGUCGGAGCUUCCCAUCUUGCGCUACAUAUUUGUCCACCACAUUCGAGACUUCCCCUUCCUGGACAAAGCUCGCGAGAAGGAGUUUUGGCAGGACAAGCUCCAGGUGUUCCUCGAGUCCUUUGCUGGCAAGCAAAUCUCGUCUUCCGAGGACCGCUUGGAGGAGACCAAGAGGAGGAAGCUGGCUAUCAAGGCCCGAAAGCUCGUCGAGCUCAUGAUGGUCUCGGGCGUGCCCACCUCGUCCGGUUUCGAGGAGCGCAUCCGCUUCUCUGAGAUUGAAAUCGUCGACAGCAACGCUAUCGAUGCCGGCGUCCUCCACAGCUUGCCCGAGGGCAACUACAUCAACGGGAUCGAUGUCAACGUCGCCGGUGUCCGCACCACGGCCAUCAAGGGCAAGAUCCGCACCCGCAAGCAUGCCGAGUUCCUUCUGCGCGUUAAGAGGAAGGGGGAGCUCGAGCACUUUGUCGCCAGGAGGUACGGCGAUUUCAGUAGACUGCACCGCCGUCUGCAUCUCGAACUCCCCGGACGCGUGCUCCCCGCCUUGCCCCACAAGAACAAGUCGGACGCGAAAGCCUCGGGCCUCCUCGGAUCAUGGGGCUCUUACGGUGGAGAUCAGGACUCAGACGCAGACUCGGUCGAUUCUGGCUCGACUCGUCGUACGGCCGUGUCGGGCAUCUCUUCACUCCUCUCCCCUACCCAGAACAGCCACCGUAAACCGAGAUCCGUAACCUCUGCGAGAUCUUCCGUCUCCAAGACGUUGGCCUCGCCCAGGAUGUCGGCUGACGGACGCUUGGCUCCGCCGUCGGAAGGAAAGGACCAGGAUGUCGUUCUUGGACGUGAAAACCAACGUGUCUCGCUGCGUGCCUAUAUCCGCACGCUGUUGCAGAACACACAAUUCGCAAACACAAAGGCGGUGCAGAACUUCCUUGAGAACGACCCUAUAAACCCCACAGAUGAAGACAUUGACGACAUUUUGCGGAGAAAGGAGGUGGAUGAGAAGCGCAUCGAGGAGCAGAAACGCUUCUACGAGAUUGCCCGGAAACGUGCCGCUGAUCUUGACGAAUACAUGGAGCAGUUCCGACGUGACAUCGUCGAGCGCAACGGUCUGACAAAUCUCUUCGCCGAGAUCAGGGAGAAGAAGAAGAUUGAGGAUCUCAGUAUCCAAUACCGCAAGUUUGCCGAGUGGCUGCGCAUCGAGAUUGCGGCCGUCAUCUACCACAUCUUCCUUGCCGAGGACAACUCACCGGAGCUCUUCGCGCAGGCCAAGCGGAUACACUCACUGAUCCCAUAUACGGUGCUCAAGAACGUGAUCCGCAUCGCCAACCCUGCGGCCGUCAUGUCGGGCAUUCUGGACGUGUUCCUCGCGCAGCCCUUCGGUUCCCGGUCGCUCCUGCAGCGCAUCUUCUCCCUGACGCUCAACGACGGCAUCAGGAGCUUCCAGAAGUCCAUCGGCGUGCUCGACGCCAAGAUUGGCGACCCGGUGUACUCGCUGAAACUCAAGAGGUACACCGAGGCUGAGGAGCACAUCAAGACGUCGAUCCGCGAAGAGGCCGAGUCGGAGGACAUGGAUCUGGUGGUGACCAUCUUGCGAUCGGACCUGAUUGAGCCUGAGCUCAAUGGAGAGCAGUUCCAGAAACUCUUCAACGCCUACGUAGCCUUCAACAACGCCGUGGAGAAUAUCGACGAGGAGCUGAGGCAGGGCGCGCAGCUCUUCUCGUACCUCAAGCAGAUGCUCAAGCUGUGCACUAGGCAACGCGACAAGGCCAUGAUGCUCGAGCUCAUCGAGGAACCCACCACGCUCCAACUGUUCCGCGACCUCUUCACCAUCUUCUACGAGCCCCUCGUCAGAGUGUACAAGUCGGCCAACGUGUACAACAGCGUUACCGAUUUCGCCGUCUUCGUCGACGACAUAAUACAGGUGGUCGACAAGUGCCGGGAUCAAGACGCGUCUGCGGACCCCAACCAGACGGUGCAGGCCUUUAUUGACCUGUGCCAGAGGCACGAGCACAACUUCUACAAGUUCGUGCACGAGGUGCACGUCCACGACAACGGCCUCUUCACGCAGCUGAUGGGGUGGAUCGAGGGCAUCCUGGAGUUUCUCCGCCACGGCCCCAAGAACGGCACCAUCAACAUUGACGCCCUGUUUACCAGGGCAGUGGAAAGCGGCUCCGUCGACAAGGAGAAGGCCAUUGCUGAGAUUGACUCGCUCAUCGCGUGGCAGGAGGCCCGCAAGCGCUGGCACAGCGAUAAGACCCGGCAGAAGAUGGCCGCCGAGGGCACGGGAGGCGGCGGGCUCAUGCUGUCGGGCUUCAAGUCUACGGAUUUCGGCCUCGACGACCAAGACAUCGAGGAUAUGGCCUACGACGACGGCUCCGACGAGGAGGAGGAGGCCGAGCUGGAGGACGACCUCGAUCCCAUCGACGCCGAGAGGCGCAGGCGCGCAAAGCGCCAGGACAAUCUGCGCCGUACGGCCGGCGAGCCUCCCAAGCCGCCUGUCUCGGAGGUGCACAAGCUCAAGGAGGAUUUCAUUGUCAUGCUGCGCAAUGACCACGAGUAUGAUGCCCUCGUUGUUGGCGCCGGUGGUUCCGGUCUCCGCGCCGCCUUCGGACUUGCCGAGGCUGGCUUCAACACCGCCUGUAUCUCCAAGCUCUUCCCCACGCGAAGCCAUACCGUCGCCGCGCAGGGUGGCAUCAACGCCGCCCUCGGAAACAUGCACGAGGAUGAUUGGAGGUGGCACAUGUACGACACCGUCAAGGGCUCCGACUGGCUCGGUGACCAGGACGCCAUCCACUACAUGACCCGCGAGGCUCCCCAGUCCAUCAUUGAGCUGGAGCACUACGGUUGCCCUUUCUCCCGUACUGAAGAUGGCAAGAUUUACCAGCGAGCUUUCGGUGGUCAGUCGCAAAAGUACGGCAAGGGUGGCCAGGCCUACCGUUGUUGCGCCGCCGCCGACCGGACCGGACACGCCCUCCUUCACACCCUCUACGGCCAGUCUCUCCGCCACAACACCAACUACUUUAUCGAGUACUUUGCCCUUGACCUGAUCAUGGAGGACGGCGAGUGCCGUGGUGUCCUCGCCUACAACCAGGAGGAUGGUACCUUGCACCGAUUCCUCGCCAAUCACACCGUCCUCGCCACCGGUGGUUACGGACGUGCUUACUUCAGUUGCACCUCGGCCCACACCUGCACCGGCGACGGUAUGGCCAUGGUUGCCCGUGCCGGUCUUCCCAACCAGGAUCUCGAGUUCGUCCAGUUCCACCCAACUGGUAUCUACGGUGCCGGCUGCCUUAUCACUGAGGGUGCCCGUGGUGAGGGUGGUUACCUGCUCAACUCGGAGGGUGAGCGCUUCAUGGAGCGAUACGCCCCCACUGCCAAGGAUCUUGCCUCGCGUGAUGUCGUCUCGCGUUCCAUGACCAUGGAGAUCCGCGACGGUCGCGGUGUCGGUCCCGAGAAGGACCAUAUUUAUCUCCAGCUGAGCCAUCUGCCUGCCGAGAUCCUGGCUGAGCGUUUGCCCGGUAUCUCGGAGACGGCCGGUAUCUUCGCCGGUGUCGACGUCCGCAAGGAGCCCAUCCCCGUCCUGCCUACGGUCCACUACAAUAUGGGUGGUAUCCCGACCAAGUACACUGGUGAGGUCUUGACGAUCGACGAGAAGGGAGAGGACAAGGUUGUUCCCGGCCUGUACGCCUGUGGUGAAGCCGCUUGCGUGUCUGUCCACGGCGCCAACCGCCUGGGUGCCAACUCGCUGCUUGACCUGGUCGUCUUCGGCCGUGCCGUCUCGCACACGAUCCGUGAUAACUUCAACCCAGGCGACAAGCUCAAACCCAUCUCAGCCGACGCCGCCUCAGAGCACAUCGAGGCUCUCGACACUGUCCGCCGGUCCGACGGUCCCAAGAGCUCUUCCGAGAUUCGCCUGGCCAUGCAGAAGGCCAUGCAGACUGAUGUCAGCGUCUUCCGUACCCAGGAGAGUCUGGACGAGGGUGCCGCCAAGAUGAAGAAGAUUGACGCCAUGUUCUCCGAGGUCGGUAUCAAGGACCGCACCAUGAUCUGGAACUCGGAUCUUGUUGAGACCAUGGAGCUCCGUAACCUCUUGACCUGCGCUACCCAGACCGCCACCGCCGCCGCCAACCGCAAGGAGUCGCGUGGUGCCCACGCCCGCGAAGACUACCCUGAGCGUGACGACGUCAACUGGAUGAAGCACUCACUCACCUUCCAGAAGGAGCCUCAUGGCGAAGUCGAGCUGGGAUACCGCAAGGUUAUCGCCACCACUCUCGAUGAGAACGAGUGCAAGCCUGUCCCUCCGUUCAAGCGUGUUUACUAG